UUGACACUGAGGCAAUCAUCGCAUGGAAAAUAGAUCGUCGAUCUUUGGUAAACAAGUAGAAAAAAGUAAAACACAAUAACUUGUUAGAAUGGUUUCUCUUUAUAAAGAUAAAGAAGAAUGGAAGGAUGUCACUCCAAUUCCACAAGAUGAUGGACCUCAUCCCGUUGUAAGAAUUGCAUAUUCUGAAAGAUUCAAGGAUGUUUUUGAUUAUUUUCGGGCGAUCAUCAAAAGUGAUGAGAAGAGUGAGAGGGCUUUGCAAUUAACAACUGAUGCUGCUGAACUCAAUCCUGCGAAUUAUUCAGUUUGGCAAUACCGGCGACUAAUUUUGAAGGCUUUGAAUAAAGACUUACAAGAGGAACUAGAUUUUAUCAAAGAAAUUAUCCAAGAAAAUCCAAAAAAUUAUCAAGUUUGGCAUCAUAGAAAAAUACUUGUGGAGUGGACACAAGAUCCAUCAGAUGAACUUGAAUUUUCUGAAGAAAUCCUUCACUUAGACGCUAAGAAUUACCAUGCCUGGUCGCACCGGCAGUGGAUUCUUGAAACGUUCAAAUUAUGGGAUGGUGAAUUGGCAUUUGUGGACAAGCUGCUUUUGCAAGACCUGAGAAACAACUCUGCAUGGAAUCAACGCUAUUUUGUGAUUAGUAAUGUUAGCAAGAUUGAAUCUGAUGUACUUAAAAGAGAAGUAGAAUAUACUUUAGAGAAGAUACAAAAAGCACCUAAUAAUGAAAGUCCUUGGAAUUACUUAAGAGGCAUUUUAUCAGACCAUGAGAUGUACAAGUACCCAGGCCUAAUGGAUACUUGCCAGGAGAUGUAUAAUAAGGACAUUCGCUCACCAUACCUCAUAGCGUGCAUUAUUGACAUGUACGAGGAGAUGUUAGAGGCAAAGACAAGUCAGGAUGAUACUCUUAUGAAGGCAGUACAGCAUUGUAAUGAACUUGCCGAUCAAUAUGAUGAAAUACGGAAAGAAUACUGGCGGUAUGUGGAGCGCUCUCUAGUAUGUCGCUUUGGUACCAGCAAAGAUGAGUAGAAGACGAGCAAUGCAAAUGGAGUAACAAGAACCUUUGUGCUAGUAGUUCUUCAUUUUGAAUUUGAAAAUGGAGUAGCUCUGUGAUUAAGAUACCUACCUUUCAUUCCUAGAGCUCUGGGUUCCAGUCAAGUCAAGUGACAGAAUUUUUUCCAC